UUGACAUCUGCGAAGGCUGUCAAAAAUUAUUCACCUAUCUCGUGUUUCCUGGUUAUUUUUGUGUAAUGUAAUUACGUUUCAAUUUCAAAACUAGAUGUUCUCGCAUGCGACUGCUAUCGUGAUCUUGUGAAAAUCAAAGUGGAUCGAUGUAAGGUUACAGUCACGUAACAGAUUGUCUAGUGAAAAUGGAGAAGCCUGAUAAGCUAGUGGCGAGCGGGGUGCAGCCGAUCGUGAAGAUCGGGCACUACACCCUGGGCGCCACGCUCGGGGUCGGCACGUUCGGAAAAGUGAAGAUCGGCGAACACCAGCUCACGAAGCAUAAGGUCGCGGUCAAGAUCCUGAACCGACAGAAGAUAAAAUCACUUGAUGUUGUUGGAAAAAUCCGUCGUGAGAUACAAAAUUUGAAGUUAUUCCGGCAUCCUCAUAUCAUCAAAUUGUACCAGGUGAUCUCAACUCCGACAGACAUCUUCAUGAUAAUGGAGUAUGUGUCUGGUGGAGAGCUGUUUGACUACAUAGUGAAACGCGGCAAGCUGCAGGAGCAUGAAGCGCGCAGAUUCUUUCAACAGAUAAUUUCCGGUGUGGACUACUGUCAUCGACACAUGAUCGUCCACCGGGAUUUGAAACCAGAGAACCUGUUGCUAGACCACAACAUGCACGUUAAGAUCGCGGAUUUCGGUCUCUCCAACAUGAUGAUGGACGGAGAGUUCUUGAGGACCUCCUGUGGGUCGCCAAACUAUGCUGCUCCUGAGGUGAUAUCCGGCAAGCUCUACGCGGGCCCAGAAGUCGAUGUGUGGUCCUGUGGUGUUAUCCUCUACGCUCUUCUCUGCGGAACCCUUCCCUUCGAUGACGAGCACGUCCCAACCCUCUUCCGGAAGAUCAAGUCUGGCAUCUUUCCCAUCCCGGAGUAUCUGAACAAGAGUGUGGUCAGCCUGCUGUGUACGAUGCUGCAGGUGGACCCGAUGAAGAGAGCCAGCAUUGAGGAUGUGAAAAAACAUGAGUGGUUCCAGAAGGAACUGCCGGGGUACCUGUUCCCGUCACCGGUAGAGCAGGACAGCAGCGUCAUCGACACAGAAGCCAUAACCGAAGUGUGCGAUAAGUUCGGCGUGAAGGAACACGAGGUCCACAACGCGCUGCUGAGCGGGGACCCUCACGACCAACUCGCUAUCGCCUAUCACUUGGUCAUAGACAACAAGCGGAUCGCCGAUGAGGCGGCUAAAGCGGAGAUCAAGGACUUUUACGUCGCCAGUAACUCGCCGCCGGCCGUGACCGAGAGCGGGCGUCCACACCCAGAGAGGAUCGCUCCGCUGCGCGACAAGACCUCGCCUGUACAGCCGCAGCAGGACAAGGCCCGCGGUACUCCCGUCAAGAGAGCGAAAUGGCAUUUGGGCAUCCGUUCCCAAAGCAAGCCCAACGAUAUCAUGCUUGAAGUGUUCCGCGCCAUGAAAGCGCUCGACUACGAGUGGAAGGUCAUUAACCCCUACCAUGUCAGAGUCCGCACCCUAAACAAAAUGACAACGAAACACGUGAAGAUGUCCCUCCAGCUCUACCAAGUGGACUACAAGUCGUACCUCCUCGACUUCAAGUCUCUCUCGGGCGAGAAGGAGGACUGUGACGAAGACCUGGCCUCCCCCAUGGCGCCGCCGCCACCCAUGGCGCCGCCGUCCGCGAGUCUGCAGAGCCUGCAGCCGCAGGGACACCACACUAUGGAGUUCUUUGAGAUGUGUGCAGCCCUCAUUAUACAGCUAGCCAGAUAAAUGUGCUAGUUUAACCUUUUCCACGCCAAAAACGAAUUGACACAGGAUCUAUGCCAAUGACCAAUUAAUCCCUGGAAUGCCGUUGUCAAAAAUUACCUACUGAAUUAAUAACCUUCAAUUUGUUAAUUAAUGUUUGAAUUGUCUGGAACAGAUCUGGAACAAGGCGUUUGAGAGGUUAAUCCGUCACAGACCACAGAACAACAUAGACUUAUGUGCAUAAAGUUAAAAUUCAUUAUUGACAUUACGGUGACAGCGUUUGUGUUUAAAAUCGCGUCGAAAAGGUUAAGAGUGUAUUGCAUCACGGUCCUUAUCUGUCAUGCAGCUUGGAGCUAAUAAGUUACAGUUCAUACCAAUUUUCUCAAUAUAGAGCAAACAUAUUUUUUCAAA